GCUGGCGCCAUUUUGGGGGGGGCGCGUCGUCUGCGAAAGGCCGUCUCUCCGCAGUACAAGAUUCCAAAACAAACAAAAAACUAUUUUAUUUGCUGCCUUGUUCGUGUACCGACAGCAGCGUAGAGCGAAAGGAGAGCGCUGAAAUGGGUCAAGACGGCUCCACACCAGUGAGGACCCCUCGCACAGAUCGCCCGGCGCGGCGCACCCGUCUCUCAAAGCAGGCAUCACCGGACUCACAAGCCCAAGGCAGCCCAUCCGCGCUCGAAGCGCACGAGGAGGAACACGCUGGCAAGCCCACGCUGAAGGAGCAGUGGCAGGCGAAGCGGGAGGCGAACGCGUUGACGCGCGAGGCUAAUGCAGCAGAGCGAAGGCGCAAGAAGGAAGCGCUGCACGCCGCCCUCGUCGCUCAGCAAAAGCAGGAGGAGAAGGACAAGAAAACGAGUAGCGGCGGCGGCGACGGCGAUGUGGAAGAAGACGAGGAAGAGCUGCGCCUUCGCCAAGCCUCUGCGGAGGCGGAGGCAGCCCUCACCCAGGCUCAAGUCAGCGCCCAGCUCGCCGUCUUCCAGGCCUUCAUGCAGAACAACCCAGAUGUAGAGGAGGAGCUCGAUAACUACGAUGGCAACCCAUCCUCCCUGUUCGAUCGCGGCGUCGCGUCGUGCGCGGCACGUAAAACGACAAACGAUCGGCAACACGGCGGCGGCGGCAACAAGACAAUGAACGCCGGCGACGACGAUGACGAGGACGAGAUCCCUGGAGAAGUGUCCGUGCACAGCUCGGACUACGAAGACGCGGAGCUGCUGCAAGGGCUGAAUGACUUAGAUGAAGAACUCGAAGCGGAAUUCCAGCAGCAGAUUGAGUCUCUGCAGGCGCAGGUGGCGCAGCACAAGCAGGCGUCACUUGUGUGCCUACGCGAGCGCAACGACAAGGCGGCGGCGCUACAGGAACUUCAACAAGCGAAGGUAGUGGAGGGACAGAUCAAGCAGCUGCUCGACAGCCACGCCGAGCCGUUCCGCGUUCAGAUGCAGAAGCAAGAAAAGAAAGUGGCGGAGCUGGAGGCGUUGGUGGCGGCGCGCAAGCAGGACUCCCUGGCAGCCCUACGCGCAGGUGAUAAGCCAACGGCGCUGGAGAAGCUGAAGGAGUCGAAGGGCUUCCAGAGUCAGCUGGAGGACGCGAAGGCGAAACUCACGGCUUUAGCGGAGGAACAAAAGAAACAGCUUCGUAGCACCGGGGAGAGCUGA